UCGGGACCACACGAAGUUGUGACCACGUUAAAGGACGGCAGAAAAUUGUGCUACCAGUAAUCAUAAAGUUUUGACUACAUUCCUCGUGAUUCUGCUCGAAGGCAGAAGAUCACAUUUAAACAAACAACUCCUGACCUUUUUGCUGAUAUCAUGAGCUACAAUUUAAACAACUAUCAAUCAUUUCCUGCACCUGGAUCAGGGGUCAUUAAAAGUGAUAUUGCAGAAGUAGCAGCAGGGACACCAAGCAUCCUGAGGCACGCAUUAGGCACAAGGUUUGAGAACUUCUCGACUUUCAGUGCCUGGACUGUGAGGGGAUUGACAACUUUGCCUGCAGGAACAACCAGUGUUGAGUCCAUCCCAUUCACCCACCAGAAUGGCAGCGAGUGGUGCAUGGUCCUUACUAAGAAUCCAGAUGGGCUUUGGCUAAGUUUUAAGCUGCAAAAGUGUGAAACUGCCAAGUCUUUAAGACCAAUGCUAAAAGCUUAUGAGAUUAUUCCUUUUGGUGUAAAACGAGAAGUAUACACAAGCAUUUGGUGUUCUCUGUCAAAAGGAGGAAAAUCUGAAUGGAAGCUCAUCAGAAAUUUCAAUACAGCAAAAAAUGAAGACGAGAUAAUAUUGCAGUGUGAAAUCUGCAUCCAGUGCAUUAUUCAGGACAAACUGCCUGUAGCAGAUGCAGUGGAGCCACACAUUGGUGUAAUGAAAGGCUUAGGCAAGAUGUUCGAUGAGGAAGUACUGACAGACUUCGAUCUACAUGCAGGCGACACUGUCCUGAAGGCACACAGGGCCGUCCUGUCAGUACGGAGUCCUUACUUCGCUGCCAUGCUGCAGCCACACACGAAGGAAGCAAAGGAAGGUCGCGUGGAGUUGUCUGAUGUGAAGCCGGAAGUACUGAAGCAGGUUUUGCUUUACUUGUACACAGGUGUGGCACCAGCUCUCAAGGACAUGCCGUGGGACUUACUGAUUGCUGCUGACAUGUACCAACUUCAUCAGCUGAAGGGCCAAUGUGAGAAUCACAUCGCCAGCUGUUUGUCUGUGGACAAUGCUGCAGAAACUGCUGCCAAUGCCAAAAAAUUCUCUUGUGGUGUUCUGCUAGACCAUGCAGCCCUUUACAUCACACAUAACCUCUGCAAGGUGAUGCGCACUCCUGGAUGGGACGAUAUUCUAACUACAAAUCCAGACGUUGUAAAGUAUAUUAGCAAGAUGAUGGAAUGAUUCAGUGAGAGGAAACCACAGAACUAGAAGAGGACAGAAUACGGACUGGAUAAAGAAAUGUCUGCAUGUAAAAUCUGCCUUGAAAACUCUAGUAAGAGCCUGAACGGAAUAUUGUCUACAAGCAUGUAACGGAAUAUUGUCUACAAGCAUGUUUUGAGGCAAACAUCUACCAUUGAGUGUGUAUGGGCUGUUGAUAACGAUUAUAGACAGCCAAAAAUGGUAUCAUUAGUGAGCAGUUUCAUGGACAUUAACUAAAGCAAACUUUAAAAGGAAUGUGCUCACAUGUGCUCUCGGCUAAUAACAUCGCAAAUCUAUAUAUUUUGUGUAUAAUCCAUACAGUUCUUUAUUACUCUAAUUCUGAUUUCUCCUUAAUCUCUAUUUUGUAUAACAAUUUAAUAUUCCAGCCAAAUGAAGUAAAUGCAAUGGUGACAGUCUCUUGUGUUUGU